AAAAAAGAAAAAGAAAAAAAACAGGCUACAGCGGAGAAGGAAAGAGGAAAUAGCCGCGAACUGAUGGACGCCACCGAGAGACAACAAAGGCAGGAGGACUGACACAGGGACAGGCACAGACACACAGACAAGGAUGCGAGGGUUUGCCAUUGGAGGCUGUGGUUGGCCACAGAUGAGCUGCUCUCAACAAGAUGACGAGGAGGAGUACUAUGGGUCCGAACCCCGGCCGCGCAGUUUGGCCUUGGAGGACAAGGAAAGUGCCAAAUUCCAGGGGGGUAGCCUGGAUGCCGGCUCUCUGCCGAGUCUCUCAGACAGUGGGAUGAGGACGCCUCAGUGCCGGAUCUGCUUCCAAGGGCCAGAGAAGGGGGAGCUCCUGAGCCCGUGCCGCUGUGCUGGCUCCGUGCGCUGCACCCACCAGUCCUGCCUGAUCCGCUGGAUUAGUGAGAGGGGCUCCUGGAGCUGUGAGCUCUGCUAUUUCAAGUAUCAGGUCUUGGCCAUCAGGACCAAAAAUCCUCUGCAGUGGCAGGCCAUCUCUCUGACUGUGAUAGAGAAGGUGCAGAUUGCUGCCAUCAUCCUGGGCUCGCUAUUCCUCCUUGCAAGUGUCUCUUGGUUGGUGUGGUCAUCUUUCAGCCCUUCAGCCAAAUGGCAGCGGCAGGACCUUCUGUUCCAAAUAUGCUACGGCAUGUAUGGCUUCAUGGACAUAGUUUGUAUAGGCCUUAUAAUCCAUGAGGGAUCAUCUGUUUACCGGAUCUUUAAGCGGUGGCGGGCAGUGAACCAGAAGUGGAAAGUGCUGAACUAUGAAAAAGCCAAGGAUUUAGGUGACCCCCUCAGUUCCAGCUGUAAAGCUGCUGGUCGAGCAGAAGGGAACUCUUCCAUCACCAUCACAGACAGUGGUCAGAGGAUGAGUCGGCAUGUCAGAACUAUUCUCAACCAUCACUGUGGCUACACUAUUUUGCACAUCCUGAGUCAGCUAAGACCCACGAACCUGAACGGUGCCAACCAGGAGGUGGUCAUGAGAGUGACAACUGUGUGAGGCUGAACUAUAGAGAUGAGCCUCGGUCUUUGAAGAGGAUGUGAAAGGAUGUGUUUGAGGUUAAGUUGAAAUAUGUGCCAUACAAACACUGCCUGGACCUAUAAUCUUCUAUUUUGUUCUCAGAUUAUUCCUGAGCUACUUGGACUGACUAUAAGUGGGAUUUGUUGAAGGAAAACCUUGAAAUACAAAGACUGUGGAAUUAAAAGAAAAUACACUUUUGGGGAAAUAAGCUUUGUUCUUAUAAUUUAUAAACAUUUUUUUACCACAUUUACCAGUAUUUCAAAAUGGAACUAAGCAGGUUUUUAUAUUCUGCUUUGUUUAAGAAAUCUAACGAUAACAGUAGCGACAUUUAAGAGAGUUUGAUUAUGAAAAAACUAAUGCACCUACAGCUAAAUGUAUCAUAACUUGAUUCCCAUGUUGUCAACAGGUCCCUAUGAGUUGGUGUAUCGUUGGGUUUCGUUACCCAUAAUGAAUUAAAACAAAAUGCAUAAACAGACCCACAUGUAUUCCAGAGAUAUUCGCUAUGAUAUCUCUAUUUGAGCUCUUUUUUUACUUGAAGCAGUACUUAUCCAUGUGACAUUAAAGAGCCCAAAAAUUGCUUGAGCUAUGUGAAAAUAAUGUUUAUAAUAAAGUUUUUGUUGUUUGAAGGA